AUGCUCUGCCUCUACAACGAUCGACAAUCUCACCUGAUCACCUCGCCUCACCUUGUCGGCUACAUCACCUUGCCAACAACCUCACCUUAUCGGCAACCUCAGAAAGAUUGCUUUGAAGUGUAUGCCCUAGUUCCAGGGCUUCUACGGGAAGAGGUGAUUAGCUUACUUACAGUUUUGGCUACACUUGCAUCUGUCUCCCCAAAGCUGCCUCUUGGUUAUCCAGCCAGAUUAUCUUUCACAAAGGCCAAGAAAUUGAGUGACCCGCCUCUAUACCCGGUUGCUGGACUUGCUAUAGUUUAUGUUGUUUGUUUCACUUCAAGUUCAGUUGUUUCUUUAUUUACAAAUAUACCCGUUCUAUAUCAUUGUGAGUGGCGGGGAAUUGGAGGACUCUAUGCCUCUCUUUUACUCAUUCUCUACCACUUCAUAGGUUCAUCCAUACCUUCAGGUUUUGUGUUAUGGGUAAUGAGAGAAUUGCCACCUUCGGUUGCGGUUAAUGUUCCGGAAGAAUCUAGAACACUUGCUUUUGUAAGUGACUAUUCAACUACUAUAACACAACCACAACAUUGUACCACUAUUACAACUGCACAAAAUCAGGGAUCAAGGGCAAGCCAAUAUGUCUGA